GAAGGGAGUCCGCCUCGGUUACCCUCUCCUCGGCUGGCUUCAAGUUUCAAUGUCCAUUGGGCUUUUGUUUCAUUUGACCAGCAACAGUCGUGCGUGUCUCUUCGAAUUCUAACCCCCGAGUCUACGUGUUUGGUUCGUUUAGUCGGUAAGCCCUUGUAUGAUUUAGUUGAAAGGCACCAGAAGAAGAAGCCAAGUUGUCGCUUGGCUGUCAUGUUUUCCACUUGUUGAAAACACCGCGAGGGCAGCCGGUAGAUAAAAAGGUGAUGGCACAGUGAUGGCAGAGCUCCAGAUUGACCAGUCCAACCUCCCCCGUGUCCAGGAAGUAUGCCAGAGUUUUGCUGUUUUGGAAGAUGGCGUGUUGGCACACAAUCUCCAGGAGCAGGAAAUCGAGCAGUACUACACCACCAACAUUCAGAAGAGCCAGCUGGUGCAGAAUGACAUCCGUGUAGCCAAGCAGCUUCAGGAUGAGGAGGAGGCGCAGCGGGCCCUGCAGAGAGCCGUGCUGAGACAAGAGUCCAGACAACUGGAAGAACAGGACUUUGAGUAUGCCCGUGUAAUUCAGGAGGAGAUCCGGCGGCGGGCUGAAGAGGCCUGGAGGAGGGAGCAAGAUGACGAGGAAAUGGCUAAACAGAUGCAGGAGGAAGAAGAGCAGAGGAUGAGGAGAGCCAGAGCAGAGGAGGAGUACCGUGAAGGCAGCUCCAGCGGUUCUGCACCGCCAUCACCAAACCAACAUACACUCAGCAGGCAGCGUCCAGGCGAGGCGCAGUACUCAUCCACCACCGCCAAGGGGCAGUAUUCUAACACGCCGAACCCUCCAGAUUACAGCAGGCCGCCUCCGCUUUACUGCCCUGGCAGGGUAGCAGCUCACCAAACUGCAACUUCAUGGUCAAGUGAAGGGCACACGCAUUCCGGUGGGCAACUCAGGAGGGAAUUAGAAGAGUCACUGCAUGCACACUCUGAUUUCUUUGAACAGAGACCAAAUAUAAGAAACAACACAGCGCCUCUCCAUCGCAGAUUAUCUUUACGCUUGCCUCGCGAGAGAGACGACAGGAGUCUUUCCACUCCCAGCAGCAUCAGAGAGGGGCGUGAUGGCUGGGGGCUGUAUGAUGACAAUGGCGAUCAAGAGAAGAGGAGGGCACGGGACUGGGAACUGGAAAUGAACCACCAACUACAAAACCCGACGUGGGGCAAUCAGAAUGGAUCAGCCGAGGCUCGAGAAGGGCGGUGUAGUCGUAGUGAAUCUGUUCGGAUUCACGACCGCCCGAGACACGGCAGCAGAGACUCAUCCGGGACGUGGAGCUACAGAGACAACGCUGACAAACACGUCCACUUCGCAGCAGGCACCAGGAGUUCUGACAGACGGCCGGACACGAGCAUGCAGGUCUGGGAGAUGCUCGGCCACGUCCUCAGAGAGCGAGGUGUCCCUGUGACAUUGGGGGGUCGUGGAGCACCGCUGAAAAUAGGUCCUCAAAAGCAAGACAGCCAACCGCUUCACAGGAGUGAGGUCUCCUACUGCGACACCCAACCACAUCAGACGCACUUCCAGAGAGCUGCCUCCACCAGGCACAGUUUCCAUGGCGACAUUAGGGAAAGGAGAUUAUCUCGCCGGGACAACAGGGAGCCAGAUCACAGAGGAUCUGAAGACGGUCACCACAACAAUGUGAUGCACGAUGGAGAGCUUUCUCAGAUCAGUGGCGGAGGCAGCAGAAGGUGGGGGCGUCCUGACCACAACUUUGACUCGGGAAGAGCUGCAAGCGAGGACACCGUCGUGAGGACGGGUGGCAGGCAUUGGCACGAGACCAUAGAAGAACGUUUCAGUGCCGAGGAGGAGGCGGAGAGGGAACCAGAGCGGCGCCCUCAGAGAAGCCUCAGCAGCAGCUGGGUCAGGUGGAGACACAUGGCAGCAGGAGCAUCACUGCCCUCCAAGAAGAGGCAGACGAGCCUGGAUCUGGGGGACCUGCAGCAAGUUCUACAUGAUGAGGAGCUGGCCUGCAAGCUACAGGAGCAGGAGACCAAGUUCUUGACGAGGACCUCACAGCCCAGGCCACGUAGUCAUUACCCCGAGGGGGACUUCCGCGUAGCGCAGGUGGCACAGGAUGAGGAAAUUGCUCGCUAUAUGCAAAAGCAGGAAAUCAAGUCAAAUCGCAUAUCACGGGAGUUGGAAGGACCGGCGUCGUGGCGGGAGCACCGAGCCAUGAUGAGCCAUCACGACCAGAGAACGACACGAGAGAAACAGGUGCAGAGGCAGAGGCUCGACUCAGAGGGCCUCCCCUCCCCCACUGAGGACUGCUCUCCAGAGAAUCAGCCUCCCAGCCCUGUCUCCACACUAACCCAAUCCCAGCAGCUCAAGAAUGUUGCGGAGGAGCUGGACCCAACCUUCCAGGCCAAGAGGCAAGGGGCAGACAUCCUCCGAAUGGGACAAACCGGCACCGCCUGUCAGUCACUUCCUGACACGCACAACUUCCUCGAGGAGCCCACCUUCAUCCCGCCCACCAAGCGUCAAAAAGACAAAGCUCGCCGUACAAAUCCCAAAGAAAAGAAGGAAAAUUGUAAGCAACAAUAAUGUUUUUUUUUGUUGUUUUUUUUUAACACUAAAUAUGACACCCAACUUAUUGCCAUUAGUUUUGCAAACAUUAGCUUAGUAACCCCACCAGCACUUUAGACCAGAAAAGGUUGAGAGCCAAUCCAUUUUGUAUUCUUCCUGUAAACAAUGAAAUUGAAUUGUUAAAGGGACUCCUGCCAUGCAAUCUAGUCUUCUUUAAGUGUUUAUUUAAACAAUGUCUCAUCGUUGUCCAGUAGAAAGCAUGUACAUCCAAAGUUUGUGAGGAUUUGUUUUUAGCUGAAAGGUACGCAACAAAUUCUUGCAUUAAAAAAAAAAAAAAAAAUGGAACUACAUGCUUAAUAUUGGACUGUAAUGUUAUGUUUGUAAUAUUUGUCCCUUGUUAUUUUAUGAGGCAGCAUGGUAGGACCAACAUUUCUUUGAAUACAACCAGCACGUUCAUGUCCAACUGGAUUAUUUUUUUUUAUAUGCUUUUUGUGUCUUAAUUUUAUCUGUACUCUAUUUUUUAUCUUCAUUAAAGGAAGUAAAACCUC